GUUCUUAAAAAAACGGUUUUCCAAUGGUGGCUUAGGUACCCACUGAGAAACAUAUGUUGCUAUUGAACAUAUGCAUACAGAAGAUAACUCGUAACUUAUCGUUUACAACGGUGCAAGGAAAGAAUAACGUGGAUUUUCCGGCAAAGAGAAGUUCCAGGUGAAGUGCAUCGAGAUCUCCGGCGGCGAGCUGUUGUUUAGGUGUUGGAGAAAUAGAGAGGAGAAGUGUUAGCUCUGGCGAAAAUAAGAGAAAGCAAGGGUUUUGUUUUGUUAGGGAUGCUAAACAUGUGGAAGACAAUGGGUUGUGCACUUAGUAAGAAAAGUCUACAAAAUUGAAAAGUGUUUAUGAGAGUCUUUGACUGACUAGAUGCCUUAUAUAAACUCCACCAUAAAGGACUACUCACCACCACCAUCACUAUUGGCAGAAUAAUGUCAAAACUUACCAGAAAACCACUUGUGCUACUCUUCUUUUAUUUCACAUGUUCCAUAAAUAUUAUCAUCUUAGCUCAACCCGACUUCUUCAGUAAAUAUUGUAAUAUCGAAUAUCCCAAUUACACAACAAACAGCACUUUCCGCACAAAUCUUGACCGCGCCCUCGCCCGCUUACCCGCCACUGACUCCGGCUACGGUUUCUUCAACAGCUCUUCGGGCCAGAGCCCCGACACGGCCUAUGCCAUCGCACUUUGUCGGGCCGACAGUACUGACUUGGUAUCAUGUCUCACUUGUGUCAACAACUCCAUUGUGAAGCUUAGGGAGAUUUGCCCCAAUCAAAUAGAUUCAAGUGGAUAUUAUGAUAAUUGUAUGCUUUAUUAUACUAAUAAUAUUAUAUUAGGGAAAAAUAUUUUUAUUGAUGUUAUAGAGGAAUAUAUGGAUGAUAAUGUCACCAAUGCGGCCGGAUUAUUUGAAGACGUGUUAAAAUUGCUAGGAAACGUGACAGUUCAAGCGGCCCGUGGCGGACAGUUAAAGUACGCUACUGGAAGGAUGGCACGGGCUAAUGCCACGGCCAUUUAUGGGCUUGCGCAGUGUACUCCGGAUCUAACGAGUGAACAGUGUGGCAAUUGCUUGAGAGAUAUGGUCGCGCGACUCAAUGGGUGUUGUCGAGUAAAAUUGGGGGUGAGGAUUCUUUCUCCUAAGUGUAAUAUAAGGUAUGAAGAUCAUCUGUUUUAUGAGAAUGUGAAUGUGACCAUUUCUCCUCCACCUCAGGGUCAGCCUCCUCUUGUGAUUCCCGCAAGAAAAGAUACAAGUUUAACUCGAAUAGUAACAUCCAUGGUCAUGGCGACGUCCGCAUUUGUUAUGAUAGUAGUUUCUAUUUGCAUCUUUGCAAUGUUGAGGAAGAAGAAAUUGCUUGAAAAAAGUAUAGAAAAUAAACUUUCGCGCAUUGUAGAAUUUUCGGAAUAUGAUUUUCAUACAGUGAAGAAAGCAACAAAUGAUUUCUCUGAAGACAACAAAAUCGGACAUGGAGGGUUCGGAGUCGUUUACAAGGGGGAGCUCCAAAAUGGACGUUUAAUAGCAGUGAAGAGGUUGUCAAUUAAUUCCGGACAAGGUGAACCACAGUUCAAAAACGAGGUGAUGUUGGUCGCUAAGCUUCACCAUCGUAAUUUAGUUGGGUUGCUUGGUUUCUGUUUAGAAGGGAGCGAAAGACUCCUCAUAUACGAGUUUUUGCCAAAUUCAAGCCUAGAUAAACUUUUAUUUGACCCAAAUAAGAGAUCACUUUUGGAUUGGGAUACAAGGUACAACAUAAUCGAAGGUGUUGCUCGAGGACUACUUUAUCUUCAUGAAGAUUCACGUGUAAGAAUCAUCCAUCGUGAUCUCAAAGCUAGUAACAUUUUGUUAGAUGCGCAAAUGAAUGCCAAAAUAACAGAUUUUGGUAUAGCAAGAUUGUUUAACCCUGAUGAAACACAAGGCAAUACACAUAGGGUUGUGGGGACCUAUGGUUAUAUGGCACCAGAAUACAUAAUGCAUGGCAAAUUCUCAAGGAAAUUAGAUGUCUUUAGCUUUGGAGUGUUGCUGUUAGAAAUAAUAACAGGCCAACAAAACCAAAGUUUCAGAAACGACGAUAAUCUCUACCUUAUCAGCUACGCAUGGAGAAGUUGGCGAGAUGAAACAUUAUCGAAUAUAAUAGACCCGGUGUUAUUAAGAGGAUCAAGUUCAUCAACCGACAUCGUUAGAUGUAUUCACAUAGCCUUAUUAUGUGUUCAAAAAGAUGCCGUAGAUAGGCCAACGAUGUCUGAGGUUGUUUCUAUGCUCAAUAGCUUCUCCCUCACUCUCCAAGUACCAUUAGAGCCUGCGUUUUUCACUGAAAAUAGUGCUGAUCAUGUCAAUGCUUCGAAUGAGAAUUUUAUAGGAUCAUCAUCGAAGAUUUUUAUAAAUAGCGCUUCAACUUCUGAGACAAUUCCUCGAUAACCGUUUAUGAUGAUGAUGCAGUUAAUACGUUUCAGAAACAAGUGAUCACAAGAUACCCUUUGUUUUUUUGUUUUCUUUUAAAGGGACUUAUGUGUUUUUACAAUUCAACGAAUAUUAGCACUUGAAGGUAUGUUUAGAAUUAAAAUAUAUAUGCUAUUUUUUAAAAUUAUUCUGA